AUGCAUGUGGCUAUCCUGAAGAAAGCGAUCAAGGACAACGACCCGCUCGCAAUCCAAUGUAGUGCUGCGGACCUGCAGAUCUUCCUGGCCAAGACAAGGGAAGGCGUGUGGCUGACGGCAGACGACGUGAUGGGCGAUGUGCGCGAUACCAGUGGCAUGAAAGAGCUGAACGUCGGGAACGCGACACUCCGCGCGUACAGCUUAUCGGAGGAGAGCACGCGGGUCGAAGUAUCAGAUGAGGACCUUGUAGCAGGGAAGGGCCCUGUGCACGUGGUGGUGAAGAUCCCAUCGGUGCAGCAGCCCCAGUCAAGUCUAGCGCAGCCGCGAGCUGCCCCAAAGCCGCGAUGGAAACCUGUGCACGAGACUCUGGUGUCAUUGCAGAAUGAGACGCUGUAUUUUGUCGAUCGGGAGCAGGCUGUGAAACAGCUCUGUGAAGUUCACAAGUCGACGCGUCUUGCGGAUAACGAGCUCGGAAUCGGGAAAAGCGAAUUUGCGAGGCAAUACAUUCGAUGCUGUCGCGAGCAGUGGCCCAAGGGAGUGCUCGCUCUUCAAGCCUUUAAAAGGUCAUUGAGGACUUGCAGAACGAUCGUGGUGGAGAUUGAUCAAGCCGUUUUCUUGGAGCUGCCCGACGGAGCCGAGCUGCCUAAUUACCUUUGCGCGCCAGAGUCGGUCGACGCACGGACGUUUGUUCAUUGUUUGUUGAGAGAUCUUGGACCUGUGUUCAUCGUUUUGGACGAGAUCGGUCGAGGGUUUUGGUCCGUCGGAACCGAUGGUACCGACACGAAGGUUGAGGAGGCUUCGCGAAACCUGUUUUUGGACUUCUGCUCGUCCGUGUUGAGCACCUGGAUGAGCACGCGUCACGUCUACUUCUUGUUGGUCGGCUAUGCGCCAUUCCUGCGGAAUGUGGGAGAGCGGAAAGACGACAGGUCUCACAGCUCCAGUAAGCACAAGUUCAUUCGCCUGAACUUGCAGCUGAUUCGUCCCAAGAAAAUCGAGCAGGUUAUCCGGCACACGUGGGAUGUAGCUACAGCUGCUGCGAAGAUGUACAAGAAAACCUGUGGCCAUCCACGCACAAUGAUCCAGAUGUUCAUCCUUCACGAGUCGUACGAGGCUUUUUGCAAAGCUGACGUGAACCGUUUUGACUCAGAAGAAGGUCAAAAGGAGUGGGUAAAGAUUUUCCGCGAGCUGCGCUAUUGGCAAAAGACUCUGGAGGGCCUGAAACCACAACUUCUUGAAAACAAAGUGAUCGACUUGAGCGACGACUCUAAAUGGCCGCACAUUCCGAAGUCCCCGCAGAAAAAGAUUUCGUUUGCCAUCAUCAUGGAACGCUGGAUCUACGCGCUUCCAAGAAUUCUGACUGCGAUCGUCAGCAUCGUUCAGCCGCUGCGCCUGUACAUCAGAACCAUUGACCCUCUCAUCGACGAUGUCACACUAGCGUACGCGACCGUGUUUGAGUGGGCGUGCCUCAAGCGGUUCCAAGAGCUUUUCUCGGAGCCAAGUGAACCGCACACCGUGCUGAAAAACUUUUUCGGUACGGACACGGAGUUUGACAAGUGGGGCGAGAUCCACUUUCCGAGUGAUCAUGUGGAUUUACCGAAGAUCACAAAAGCGACGACUACAGUCGGCGUUGCAACGCUAGACUCGGCUACAGCGAAUCCUUCCGAUUGGCCACGCCUGAUGGAUGAAAUUGAUCAAAAGCUGGAUGCGAAGGAGGGAAGCUGCUUGUGUCUGAAGCCGCUGCCCGAGUCCUCUUCCGCGGAUGUAAUUUUCGUGAAACGUUCCGUUUCUUCAGUCGGGCGCAAGCGUGUACACGACGAUAUCGAUGCACGAACGUUAAUGGUGGCGCUAGUGUUGAAGAAUUAUGGUUCGAAAUUGCAGUUUGGACCGAAGCAGCUGGAAGAAGUUGGCAAGUUUCGCAUGAUGUUUGACAACUUGGACUCGUCGACAAAGCAGAAGUUUGGUGUGAUGACGAACGUGUUGAUCGUGUGCUCGACAAACUACAGCAAAAAGUACCUGAAAACGUGUCACAAGGAUGAUACUUCCCGGUUCGAGGUCGAAGCACUGGAGCUGGACUUGUCGACCUUGGAGAAUCGAGCUGAAUUCUUCGGACUCUCGAGUGAACCUGACUUGGCCGCCGUCUGGAAUGGGUUGGUGCGAAAAACUGAGCUCGAGAAGUCAGUUCACGAAAGCUAG